GAAGCUGUUUAGCGAAGGAGAAACAAUGUGUUAAAAACCGUUAGUCCUAAUCUUACAUGCCCCACAAGACCACAAGUUUUAUGGUGUAUUGCCCCGUAUAUAAUCAGUCCCUCUUUAUGCUUCUUCGCACUGACGCGGACAAAUCUGGCGCCUCUUCUUCUUAUCCAGAAUCUAGAAGGAAGAAGACGACAAUGGCUAUGGAGAUUGCUCAGCUUUUCGUCGGAUCAUCCAUGAGAUUAAGCGUUGGAAAUUCUAGGAACGGCGUUUCCCGUGGUAGACUAUCUUCUAUUUCGGCUGUUCAUCAUAGUCCCAGAAGGAUGUUUAUACAGCUCGCAGGUUUGGGUUCGGUCUUGACUCUAGUGAAUCUUCCUGGUUUAGCUGCGCCGGUCCCUGAGAUGAAGGAACCUGAAGUUAUCAGGACGUUGAAGCUCCCAAGUGGCGUCAGGAUUCAAGAGAUAAUUGAAGGGGAAGGACGAGAAGCUCAUGAAGGGGACCUGGUGGAACUUAACUAUGUAUGUCGACGUGCUAAUGGAUAUUUCGUUCAUAGCACGGUGGACCAGUUCAGUGGCGAAAGCGCUCCUGUCAAACUUUUUCUUGACGGCAAUGACGUUAUCGAGGGCUUGAAGGAAGUAUUGGUGGGCAUGAAAGCUGGAGGUAAAAGCAUGAAACAAGAUUCUAGUCUUUGGAUGAAUCUUGUGAUCCUAACAUAUAGCACACUAUUUGCAGGGAAGCGAAGAGCACUGAUACCUCCAUCAGUAGGGUACAUAAACGAGACACUGAAGCCAAUACCCGAGGAGUUUGGACCAAGACGCAGCCUUCUAUCGCACGCGAAUGAGCCUCUGGUCUUUGAAGUCCAGCUCUUGAAAGUAUUAUGAUCUUCUUGGGACCAAUGUUAAUCAAGUAUUUGUUGUUAUUUUCUUUUGUAAAUUAAAUCUGUAAUACAAAUUACAUUAAACUACUAAGUUUGCCCUUUUUUUUUCUCCUAA